AUGGCCAUAUUUAACAGACGAUAUAUGCUCAAUAGAAGACUUGCUAAACUCUUCAAAGCUGUGUUUUUCCUCGUUAUAGUAUGUUUAGUUUGUGCUGGGUUAACUCACCAUUUCCAUGAUGGGCCCAAGACUGUGGACGAGUACAAAGAGUUUCUACAGGGGUAUCUUGGAGGGAACGCGAACACGACUGUCACCGUGGUGAAUGACGCGGAUAAGAUAAAAUCUUACUACAACACGGUUUUCGAGAACCUCCUAUUGUUUUCCCCCAAGGGUGAAACCGCACGAGCAUACGGCGACAAGUGCAUACUGAAUGAAGCCAUCGGUACAACUUCUGAUAAUAUCCCGAAGUUCGAGAGACUGUCGUACGAGAACUUGUUGGAUUGUCUGAAGCUAUCGAAUGAGGAACUUUCUGCCUUAAAAUUAUCACACAACUUCUUUGUGCAAAGCUUAGAUGUCAAAUAUCCAAAGGGGAUGUACCAAGGUGAUGGUAUAGUUAUGGUAGGUGGCGGUAAGUACUCCUUGAUGGCGUAUUUAGUGAUCAAGCACUUAAGAUCAUCGGGCACCUCUUUGCCCGUCGAAGUGUUCAUCCCUCCCAAUGAGGAAGACGAGACGGAGUUCUGUGAGACUGCUCUGCCGGAGUUAAAUGCUCAGUGUAUUUUCAUCGACAGAAUCUUGCCAUCGGCAAUGAUCAAAACGUUCCAUUUCAAGGGCUAUCAAUUUAAAUCUUUGGCUCUUGUGUCGUCAAGUUUUGAAAACGUGUUGCUGUUGGAUGCGGACAACUACCCUGUCAGGAGACUGGACGAUAUUUUUAAGCAGGAGCCGUUUAAAUCCACUGGGUUGAUUCUAUGGCCAGAUUUUUGGCGGAGAACCACUACCCCACUGUUCUACAAUAUCUCCGGUGUUGCCAUAGACUUGACAUCCCCCGUACGAUACUCAUUUGACGACCUGACUCCACCAGAGGUUUACUUUAAUAGCACGAUGGAUCGUUCGAAGAUCCCCGUCAACGAUUUUGCCGGUGCGAUGCCAGAUGUCUCCACAGAGUCCGGUCAGUUGCUCAUCAACAAGAGAACGCACCUGAAGACGAUCCUUCUUUCGUUGUAUUACAACGUGAACGGCCCCGCAUGGUACUACCCUAUCAUCGCGCAGAGGGCCCCCGGUGAAGGUGACAAGGACACGUUUAUUGCAGCGGCCAAUUUCUACGGACUACCUUGGUAUCAAGUCAAAACCAGGGUUGGCAUCGACGGAUACUCUGAGGAUGGCCAAUACCACGGUGUGGGCAUGUUGCAAUACGAUUUCGUACAAGAUUAUGAACUGUACCAGAGUGCGCGUCGCGACAUCACUGCAAAGUACGGUGUUGCUGGUCCCAGCAAGACGGGCCAACUGAGAAGUGAGAUCGCAUACGACGAAAAUUACUCACUCGAUACUUUCGAAGAGAAGUACUUCAACAAGGAGAAGUCUGGCCACAAAGUGAUGUUCAUCCACGCAAACUUCCCCAAAUUCGACCCGCUAUCGCUGUGGCAGGACAAGAAGUUCAUCAACAAACAGGGCAGCACGUACCGGACGUACAACAACCUGGGCAAAUUCAACUACUGGGAUAUUGAACUGUACAACUUCAACAGCUUCGAAACUUUGUUCUGCUCGGGGGCAGACAGCGUCACUUGGUUCCCCUACAUGAACAGGGCACUACAGGGUAAUACAAACGACCGCGAGAGCAUGUGCUCCUACAUCAGAAUGAGACUGGACCACCUAGAACAGACCCACCACGAGGCCACCGUCCCCAAGCCCACCCACUAG